CGUCCAUACAUUCAGGGACAGUGCAUCCGGUUAAUUUAUAACUAAUCAAAUACUCAUAAGAAAAUGCAUGUGAAAGUGGUGCUGACGCCAUUAUUGAUGGGCUUACUGCUUCCUUAUCAAACAACCUGUCAGGAGGAUAUUUUACCUGAUGAUGAUAUCGAAGAUCAUCCUCUAUCAAAGAACUGUUUACAAUGCUUUUGUAAGCCGCGUCGAAAUUUUCCUAGCCUUAAGCUGCAAGGCAGCGCGAAGGGUGCGGGUUCGAAUCCCGUCCGCUGCCUGGUGAUGGGCGGUGAUCCGCGCAACCUUCCAGUGGCCAUGAUGGAAGGCUGCUUCGACAACACCUGCGGCGUGUUCCGCAUCACAAUAGGAUACUGGGAGGCUGCCAAUUAUAGGACCAAACUCACAUCCAAUAAGACAGAGUACGAGAGCUGCAGCAAGAACGCGUGGUGUGCCAUGCGCACGGUCCAGCGGUACAUGCGCCGGUACCUUCCGGUAAGUGGGCUGGUCACAUUAGCCGCAGAACUGAUGGCCGUUGGAGCCGGAAAGUUCUUGAGUGAAGACCGCGACUCGGCCGUGCAGUCGAAGCGUCCGGAACGUUUGCUAUGCGAGAACGCGCUGGCACUGCACAAGUUCGGUUCCCGGCGAGGGCAUCACAACCUCACCGUCUCCAACCGCAAGAAGCUCUUCACCUGCCUCCACAGAUACGUGUCUAAGUGGCUUGAAUAUGAUAAACCUUAGUGUGUUCAAGAUUUGAGAACAUCAUUUUUGUUUCUUUCAAAAUGUUGAAGAACUUGGCAAGUGAACUAUUAAAUAAAACAUAAAGUUGUCGAG